AGUACAAAAAGUGGGAUAACAACCGUUAGGGAAGAUAGAACGAAGUAUGAUUGUUUUUGCUGCAUAAAUUCCUAUGUACUCGUAUUUAACCACCAUUGCUAAGAAAUCGAGUACCCAAAAACAUCUAAAACAGCUCCAUGCUCAAAUCAUUCUCAACUCUCUUAACAAAACCAGUUUCUGGGUUUCAUUACUCGUUACUCAGUGCACUCGACUCAGUGCCCCAGCUUCCUACACUCAACUCAUAUUCAAUUCUACAACAUGUCGAACUGUUUAUUUCUAUACUUGUAUGCUCAAGUAUUUCUAUCACUUGGGUGCUCAUCAAGAUGUUUUAUCGUAUUUCCAACGAAUGCAGAUAGAUGAUGUUUUGCCAGAUGCUUCUGCGUACCCAAUUUUGAUCAAAUCUGCUGGGAAAUAUGGUGUUGUAUUACAUGGACAUGUUAUCAAACUGGGUUUUGGUUGCCAUUGCAUUGUACGUAAUGCGGUUAUGGAUAUGUAUGCAAAGUUCGGGCCAGUGGAGGUUGCACGGAAAGUGUUUGAUGAAAUGCCUAACAGAAGUGUUGCGGAUUGGAACUCAAUGAUCUCUGGGUAUUGGAGGUUGGGGUUGGAAGUUGAAGCGCGGGAACUUUUUGAUGUGAUGUCUGAGAGAAAUGUUAUUACUUGGACUUGUAUGGUUAGUGGUUAUUCAAGGAUGAAGGAUUUAGGGAAAGCAAGGUGGUUUUUCGAUGGCAUGCCGGAGAAGAGUGUUGUGUCGUGGAAUGCAAUGCUAGCUGGGUAUGCUCAAAAUGGGUUUGAGGAUGAGGUUUUGAAAUUGUUUAAGGAGAUGUUGGUUGUUGGGGUUAACCCUGAUGAGAGGACGUGGGUAACGAUCAUCUCGUCUUGUUCUUCAAAGGGUGAUCUUUGUCUUGCCCAAAAUCUUGAAGUAAUGCUUGAUCAGAGAAAGAUUCAAGUCAACUCGUUUAUUCAGUCGGCCCUUCUUGAUAUGUAUGCAAAAUGUGGGAAUAUGGUGGCUGCCCGAAGAAUCUUUGAUGGAUUAGGUUUAUUGAGAAACUCUGCUGCCUGGAACGUUAUGAUUUCAGCAUAUGCACGAACUGGAGAUCUCGCAACAGCUAGGGAUUUAUUUGACAGGAUGAGGGAAAAGAACAUCAUCACUUGGAACUCAAUGAUUGCUGGUUAUGCUCAAAAUGGACAAUCACCUCAGGCCAUUGAACUUUUUAAACAAAUGCUCAUAAUUGGGCACCUCAAACCGGAUGACGUAACCAUGGUAAGUGUACUAUCUGCAUGUGGACAUAUUGGGGCAUUGGAUUUAGGUAAAUGGGUAGUAAAUCUCCUUUCCAAUAUAGAGAUCAAGCUUAGCAUAUCAGUGUACAAUUCCAUAAUAUCUAUGUACUCUAAAUGUGGUAAUAUGAAAGAUGCCAUGAGGAUCUUCCAGAAAAUGGAGGUAAGAGAUGCAGUUUCCUACAACACAAUAAUGGCAGGUUUUGCGGCUCAUGGUAAUGCCAUCGAAGCUAUAGGACUUAUGUCAAUAAUGCAGGAAGAUGACAUUAAGCCAGACCGUGUAACUCACAUAGCUGUUUUAACUGCAUGCAGCCAUGCCGGUUUGUUGGAUGAAGGUCGGAAAAUAUUUGAAUCAAUCAAUUGUCCAACAGUUGAUCACUAUGCAUGCAUGGUUGACCUUUUGGGUCGAUUAGGUAAGUUUGAUGAAGCUCUAAGUUUGGUGGACAGGAUGUCGAUGGAACCCCAUGCAGGGGUUUAUGGUUCUCUUUUAAAUGCCAGCCGAAUCCACAAGAGAGUUGAUAUAGGGGAAUUUGCUGCUAACAAGCUUUUUGAGCUCGAACCCAACAACUCUGGUAUAUAUGUCUUGCUGUCGAAUAUAUAUGCUGUGUCAGGUAGGUGGAAGGAUGUUGAGAGAAUUAGAGAAGCUAUGAAGGAAAGUGGUGUGAGCAAGGCAACAGGAUGGAGUUCAGUUGAAUAUGAUGGGAAAAUGCAUAAGUUUAUAGCAGGAGAUAGAUCACAUGAAAGAGUAGCAGAUAUAUACAACAUAUUAUCUGUAUUAAGAAGGAAAAUGAGAGAAUCUGGAUAUUUUGGUGACCAGAGUUGUGCACUGACGGAUAUUGAGGAAGAAGAGAAAGAAGAGAUGGUAGGAAUCCACAGUGAGAAACUGGCUAUCUGCUUCGGUAUUCUUGUAAGUGAAGCAGGUUCAGUGAUUAGGGUGAUGAAGAACUUGCGCAUUUGUUCAGACUGUCAUAUGGCUAUAAAGAUUAUCUCCAAGUUGGAGGAAAGAGAGAUAAUUGUGAGAGAUAAUAACAGGUUUCACAUCUUCAAGGACGGCCUGUGCUCCUGCAAGGACCAUUGGUAGUUCAAUUGUUGACCGAAUUUUGCCAAGAGAUCAGAGACGAGUAGCAGUUGUACUUGUAAUGUUAGGGGCAGAGGUCUCAAAACAGUUCCAUUUUGUUAAUCUCAUACCAUGUGAGGGCUUGAUUUUGUUUUGGAUUGAAAUCAUUUUCGGAACUAUUGUUUUGCAUCCUAAAAGGUUUACUCUUCUUACUAAAGUAGAACCGUACUAUGAAGAACUGAGCAUUAAACAUACUUUGAAAUAGCUUGAUGCUUUAACCAAAGUCA